AUGUACAGGACAUUUUCAUAUUUUAGUAAACAAUCAUCGAUAACAUUUAGAUUAACUCAUCAGAAGGGCAACUUAUUUGAUAGUUCGUGUCGAUUUUUUUCAUCACGACCACUUCCAACAUCAAAGAUGACUAUGGAGUGGAAUCCUAGGGAUCAUGUUCCAGCUGAAGUGAAGGAACUGUUGUCUGAACCUCAGCCUAACUAUGUGUUAGCAUUUUUGCAUAUUGUGGAACAAUUGAAGCUACAGAAGAGAACAGGUUGGAUUGACCAUGACAUUAUCCCUUGUGAGAGUAUCGCAGAUCAUAUGUACCGUAUGGGGGUUACUACUAUGUUGAUCAAAGAUCCAAAUGUUGAUGUCAAAAAAUGUGUUCGCAUAGCAUUAGUGCAUGACAUCGCUGAAUCUCUAGUCGGUGAUAUAACACCGUUUGAUCCAGUAACAAAGGAGGAAAAGCAUCAAAGAGAACUUGAUACCAUUACGUAUUUAUGCGAGGAAAUUAUAAAACCUUACAACUCAGUUGCAGCCGAUGAGAUUUUGUCUGACUGGUUAGCAUAUGAAAACAUUAGCUCACUAGAAGCAAGAUACGUUAAGGAUAUUGACAAGUUCGAAAUGCUGGUACAAUGUUUCGAAUAUGAGAAAAGGCAUAGUGGUACAAAAGAUUUGUCUCAAUUCUAUGGUGCAGUAAGCAGCAUUAAGACUGAGGAAGUCAAAUCAUGGGUAUCCCAUUUAGUCAAAAGACGUACAGAAUUUUUCCAGCAGCUAUAA